AUGACUCUCCAAAGCUCUGCAUCCAGUUCUCUACGAACUCCUCCCAACAUGCAGAAACAGCUACCCAGCCGCCCUACAGAUUUUAUCCUCGUCGAGCCCGACGAAGGACUCUGUACCAGAGGCGACAAGGAGCUGGAUGCAUACUGUCUGCCUGGCCCAAAUCAAGCGAUUCUUCGGUCUUGGAAAGAAGACGAGCCAUUCGUCAUGCACGCCGAUUAUCCAUAUCUCGACAGAACUCCCUUUACUUGUUUCACCUGUGAUGAUUUUAUCGUCUUCGUCUCAAAAACCAAAGUCUUGAUGGCACGGCUGAGAAUGGACAGUAUUUUCAACGGCGACAUCGAAGAAGCCAAGCGCCUUGGAAGCAUAGCAAAGAGCUGCCUUGACUGGAGAGAACCGGUAGAAUGUUACAUUUUAACGCCAGAGCUCGGCGGAGCAAAGGGUCCUGAGGCACAGGACUUGAAAACCGCUUUUUCUCGUCAAAUGCUCGCAGCAGAUGCUGAAAACCAUUACAUCUCUUACAUCAAACGCUGGGGCAGCCGGUUUCGCCAAUGCGAGCUGGAGCUUUUCUUCUGGAAAAAAUGGGACAUGGCACCGCGUAUCCACCUCACUGUCGUGGCUUAUCAACCCUUUUACGACCCCAAUGUUGCUCAAUCUUCCUGUGUGGUUAUCACAAAUGGAAAGGCAAGAGAGAUAUUAAAUAUGGAAGAACUGGGAGACGACACUACAGAAUCCGUGUAUGUUUCGCGCCAACAUGAAACAGAUGGCAUUUUUCGCAACGUCACAACGAAAGUUGGUGAAUAUGGACCAUGGAAGGCGAUAACAAUUCCUUCCAGAUAUACAGAUGUAUCGUUAUUUACGGUUGGAUUUCGGGGAAAACAAAGAAAUGAGGGCUUUACUGAAUACUGGAAGUCGCCCUCUCGAAAAUUUGGCUUGGUAUACAAUUCGUAA